AUGGAGAGUUCGCCAGAGUCAGCUCGUCCUCUAAAGCGCGUCAAAUACGUGCAACAGGACGACACGGUCCCAGUGGACAUGACCGCAUCUGAUAUAAGGGGCCCAGAGAGCAUGGGCGGGCCCUUGGUUACCGAUGUCCCGAUGUUCGAUAAUCCAUGGGCCCUCACGACAGACCUGUCGUCUCCUUCACAAGUACUCUUCAACCUCCAUGAGGACCUUGGCACCCCUUGGCCCCAAACAUUCACAGCAACCCAGCCUGCGGCUUUGGAUCUUAACGCAGCCAUAGCGCCUCAGCCUCAACUACCCCGUCCUCAAACACAACAACGCCUACCUCGACUCUUACCCGCAGUACCAGAAGCUCUGCCAGAGCGAAAUGCCGAACCGCAAAACUCAAAAGAUGAGACAGCCGUAGGUCGACUUGUCCUGAGCCCUUUCACCGCAAAUGAGGAUCGUUUAAUCGUGGCCGCUUUCCCUCGUUAUGCACGCCCCGAGAAUGGACAGGUAAAUGGUUAUGUUAAGUUUCACUGGCCAUCGCGAACCACGUCGAGGCGACCCUCUGGUUACGUACCAAUGUCGUUCGAGGAGGAUGUGGAAGACAUAACACCAAAUGUGAUACGAUCACAGACAAUUAGUCGCAGUCCUGACUUGACAAAUUUUGUUGGGCCUGCGCCUGCGAUGUCUCCUGUCGCGAAUGGGACUGUGUCACCCCUAAGUAAUGAUGGAGCAUGGUCAAGUGCUUCGUCGGUGACGAUGGCGGCAAACUCGCCAAUCUCCGUUCAUGAUUCACAGAGUGUGGUCACAGGUGAUCCGAAAAUGCUACCACCGCAGUUCGGAUUCCAGGCGAAGAUGGAUAAUAUUGAUAGGCGACUGUUUGAAUUCUAUAUCAAGAACUGGUGCCCUGGAAGGAGUGUGCUUAGCAACACAAACUUGUGGUUAAAAGAUUUGGCCCCGAUGCACAAAAACGAAGGCAUAUUACAUGCCAUUCAGAGCCUGGCUGGUGUUUAUAUAUAUGAUUAUCUGCCAGACGAGCGUAUCCGGCAACGGAUCAAUCAGCGGUAUCACAUGGCUGACGAGUAUUUCUGCAAACUGCUCAAUGCACCCGAGAGUAGAGUAACUGGGGAAGGAAAAGAAGUCAUCACCAUGGCGGUCCUUCUUUCGAUGCAAGACAUCGUCUUAACUGAGCGGCGUCGCAAAAAGCCUUACCAGCCCCGAUGGCUAGAGGGUUUCAAGCAGGGCGAGUACUUCCUGCAACAGACAGAUCCUGGCGGACGAUAUUGGAACAACGACAACGUGCAGUACGACGAACUCCGCAUCUCGCAAUCUAUCAUCGUUGGUCGGGCGGUAAUUCUUGCUCAACCGAUGAUGGCUCUUCCUUCACCAGCGACAAUGAACCCCGAGACCGAAGCGAGCAGAUUCAGCUGGCUGCUGUAUGGCACAGAAACGGACCUCUUUGAGAUCCAUGGCGGGUGUGGCUUCUCCAAGAAAUUAUUGCACACCCUGAGCCAGGUGACAUAUUGUGCAGCCCGUCUUCAGCAGGAGCCAGAGAGCACCAUCGUUCCAAUCACAGCAAAGUUUCUGCUCCGUGAGUUAUCGACUAUGCGUCAAUGGAGUCGUGAAGGCAACGACUGGCAGGAGGCACAGAAGGUCCCCCAGACGAUAGACUGGGUGCGCGAAAAGGCAGACGAUGUGAUCAUCGACUCGAACAAAGACAUGACCGACGUUACAGCUGAGGCGUGGAGGAUUGCGGCGAUCAUCUAUUUUCAAUGUCGUCUUCUGAGGCUACCUCGAAACCAUCCGGAGGUUCUUGCCAAUUUGGAAGAUCUUUCCAAAUGCAUACGGAUUAUGCCGACAUCGGGAUCUCACUUCACAGCUCAAGCACCUCUAUUGCCAGUAUUCUUCCUGGGCCUGCUUGCAACCGAUCCUGGGCACAAAAAGGUAUCAAAGGAUUGGUUUGAAAAGGUUGUGCAAACACCUGUUCGUAGUAGCGUCCCUCCACUCUAUGAAGCGCUCAAGCGCAUCUGGGAUUGGAUUUACACCGAUGUUGAGAUCCCACCCGAACCUAAUACUCUUCCCAAAUCCCUCGGCAAGAGGUAUCCUUGGUGGGAACACCUCGUCGCAAAGGUCCUCGAAAACGAAUCGGAAACCUUAUGCUUAACCUGA